AAACAACGAAAAUUGUGUGUUUGCAAGACCACACUCGGCGGCUUCGAUGUUAAGCUCUUGGAUCUUGGUCACAUUUUUGUCACCACACAGACUCACAUACGUUGAUUCCAACGAAAAAUAUACGAUUUUUUUUUUUUUGACAAAUUUACAAAUAGAAAGAGUCAACAAUCCCAUCCCAUAUGUGUCGGAUUUUCAUCGAGUGGUGCUGGAUUAAACUGAUGAUGAAGGGGCUUCAGUUUCAACUUUCAAGGCCUUCAAUAAUCUCAAAUUCAUUUCCUCGUUCCCACAAGUUCGCUCUUCCAUGAACUUUCUUUCAUCAGGUUCUCGCUAGUACUCAUGCGAUGAUUAGAAUCUUUUAGCUUACAUCAAGGCCUUUUCUUUUGCGGUUGUUCUGAAGAAAAGUAAUAGCAGAAACGAAGAUAUAUGGCAACGGCAAGACCAAAAGAGAAUAGUGCAGUUGGGAAGGAGAAGAUCAUCUCCUCAAACUCUCAAAGCACAAGCACAAAAAAGACCACAAAACCAUGCGCUACAAGUGAUAAGCCUGCCCCAUCAUCAGAAAAAGAAAAACAGAUCCCAAACUAUCUCAGGCCUACCAUAAGCUCACGCCAUGAGUCCCUCUCUUUGAAGAACAGUAAGAUUGAUUCUCCCCAGAGGACUGUUAUAAACAGAAGAAGAUCUUUGGACAAGCCUCCCUCACCUUCACACUUGACUAAACAUAGCCAGUCCUCUUCAAGGCUACACAAAGCUCUUGUGUCUCCAGGUCCUAGGGAGAGAUCAGGAGCACAGCUUCGACCUCUGUCUUUCUCAUCCAGAGGCACCAUUCCUUCGAAAUCCGGUUCAGACAAGACCUCCAGAACAGCCAAAGAUGGGAAACUGUCCGCCAGCACCAGGAGUGUAAGCAGGAGUAGUAAGAGCCCUAGUCCCACACCUAAGAAGGUAGCUCGUGAUGGUUCUGCUGCUGCUAACUCAACCAAAGCUCCUAAGAAUGAUGCUGAAACUAAAGAGGAAUUAAAAACUGUUGAAGCGGAAGUUAAAGAAGCUACAAUUGAAAAGAUUGAAGAAGUGGUGAUGAAAGAUGACAAUGAGCAAGAAGAGAGUGAAAAUGCAACUGACCAGAUUAAUCCACCAGUUGUUGACACUGGAAAUGCGCAUGAACAUAAGAAAGAGCAUAAGCAACAUCGGGUGGUUGAGGAGUCUAAACCAGGCGAGCCUCAGAUUCAAGCUGAUAAUAAUAAUGUAAUUCCUACAGCAUCAGAAGACGAAGAACAGCAGCAACAACAAGAAGCAGCAGUUAGUGUGGCAGAGGAAACAAAAGCGGCCGUUGAGGCAGAGGAAACUGAAAAGGAGGAUCCACCGGAGGAGAAAGCUGAAGAUGUACAUCAAGAGGAUGAGGGUAAGAAGGGCCCAGACGAAAGCAUUGAUCAUCCAGAACCAGAAGAGCAAAAAGUUGAUGUUGAAGAAAAGGAAGAGGAAAACGACAAUGGGGUUGCAGAAGAAAAAGAGAGCCAGAAUAACGAAGAGGAAAAGGCAAAGGACGAGAAGGAAGUAGCGGAAGGAGAAACAGAAGAAGGAGUUCAGUUGAAAGAAGGAGAGGAUGAUGAUGAUGUGGAGACGGAAGUGAAAGAGGAGAAGGCUGAAUUAACACCACCAAAGCAACAAGGGGCAGGAGGGCAAGGGAAGGAGACGACUCAGGUAUCAAAUGACGUGAUAGAAGAAACAGCAAGCAAAUUGGAGAAGAGGACGAACAAGGUAAGAGCAUUGGCUGGGGCAUUUCAGACCGUCAUUGACCAUCAAUCCAAAUGAAACAGGCACGCUACAUAUUUCAUGUGUAAUAUUUGAAAAUUAAAUAAUCACGAAGUAUGAUGAUUUUUUUUAGAACAAAGCAUUCUUUAUUCAUAUUUCGUGAUCAUUUCAUUUUUCAGUAUGAAGAAGUUAUUACAUAAGUUCUCAUAUAUCCCUCCAGACCCAAAGUAGCAAGGUUGUCAACUUCAUCAUUUUUCCAAGCUACUUUGUAAUUUGUAAAUCAUUUCAUCAAUAUGUGAUAACAUUUCUCUGUAUAAUCUGCCACAGAUGAUCAUAUACUUAAACAAAUCAACCAAUAUCACCUCUCUUUUAUUGA